CUACGAUUGCGCGACUAGUCUAGAUGCUAUUCACGGAACCAAUUGUCAGCUUCGUGCGUCUGUAUUGCUCAUUCCAGUUCGCACUCCUGCACGCUUUCCUCGUGGGUUUUCUUUAUGUCUAUUCGGUGACCUACUCCCUCUCUAUGCACCAACAAGGUCUCCCAUUCCUGGGCCUGGCAACCGGUGCUGCCUGCGCAGCACCUGCACUCAUCGCCAUGGAUUACUACACCUACCAAGCCAAAUACCACACUUUCCGAGAGAUCACGCCAGCCAGCGAGCUCCCACCUAAGCACCGUCUCUACCCAUUCAUGCUUGGCUCCGUCGUCCUCCCCAUCGACCUUUUCCUUUUCGCAUGGACGGUUCGACCGAGCACACCCUGGAUCGUCCCUAUAAUCACCGAGAACGUCACUAUGCUUGGAGCCAUCCCACUUACGUCAGUGCGAAUACGUAUAUGUUUAACGCCUACGGCCCGUUUAACAGAGCUUCAACGGCGGGGGCGAACAGUCUGGCGAGAUAAAUUCUUACGUGAAAAAUAUGAGAAGAAGAAUAUAGAGAAGCGAUGA